CCGUGUAUUCUAGGGACGGACUUCCGGCUUCCCUGCCUUCAGGGUGGGACUUCCUCUUCCCAGGGGUCUAGGGGCGGGACUUCCGGUUCCCAGGUGUUUGUGGUUGGGCCACGCGUUUGGCGGCGGGGCUGUCUCAGCUCCAGCAGCGGCGUCAGUGCCAUUGACAACAAGAUCGAGCAGGCCAUGGACCUGGUGAAGAGCCACCUGCUGCUGGCUGUGCGUGAGGAGGUGGAGCUUCUGCGGGAGCAGAUCAAGGAGCUGAGCGAGCGGCGCGCGGUGCUGGAACGGGAGAAUGGAGCCCUCAGGGCCAUCGCCACCCCCCAGCAGCUCGCCCGCCUGCACGCCCCCCCGCCAUGAACCUCUGCCCCAUUGCUAUGGGGCUGCCGUUG